AUGUCUGACCGGAUCUUCUAUAUUAACUCGAACUUGUCCUCUGUCCCCUGGGAGGGCAAUGGAGCAGCAGUGGCUCCCACUACUCCUCCUACACCUUGUCUAUACCAUGUCCUCUACCGAGGGUGUGGAGAAACCCAGAUGAGCUGGCAUGGAGAGACAUACUGCCUGGUUGGUGGCUACCGGGCCUACGGAGAUGCUCCUCUGGCCACCCCAGCAAAGGUGGAAGCAGAGAAGCCAGUCCCCAGGCGGGUGCUCAACAGACAUCGAGCUGUGGCAGAGCCGGAAGAAGACCUCGGCUGCCCCAAACCCAAAAUUCCCCGAUUGCAGCUUGGUGGUAGGCGGCGGACCCUGCGGAAGCUCGCUGGCUGA